UAUAUUGAAGAUAGUAAGAGCAAUUUAGUCUUUGAAUCGAUACCUAGCUUCCCAUAUUAAAAAGUUGAUGCCAUUAUUAUUAGAACUUCCUAUUGCUAUAGCCUGUUGCCCUUCACUUUCUCUACUUUUCUUGUUCACUUCCAACUUUGAGCUUUCUCUCUCUUUCUCUCUUUCUUGGAAUUCUGAGUUCAUCUUCUUCAUUCACUAAAUUUCCCCUUUCAUCUUCUCUACCAUUUUCACUUGUUGCAUUUGAGUUUUGAGUCAUUGUUGUUCCAAUCAUUUUCAUACCAUUCUCUAUAUUGUGUUCCACAUUUAAAAAAAAAAAAAUCUACUCUUUCUUCUUGCUUCUAUUUCCCACUUUGAAUUGAUAUUAAAAAAAAAAAAUUCUACUCUUUCUUCUUGCUGCUAUUUCCCACUUUGAAUUGAUAUUAAAAAAAAAAAAAAAAUCUACUCUUUCUUCUUGCUUCUAUUUCCCACUUUGAAUUGAUAUUAAAAAAAAAAAAUUCUACUCUUUCUUCUUGCUGCUAUUUCCCACUUUGAAUUGAUAUUAAAAAAAAAACAUUCUACUCUUUCUUCUUGCUGCUAUUUCCCACUUUGAAUUGAUAUUAAAAAAAAAAUUCUACUCUUUCUUCUUGCUGCUAUUUCCCACUUUGAAUCGAUAUUAAAAAAAAAAAUUCUCUGUUCAUUAGUGGUCAGCAACAUCUUUAGAAGAGUUCAGGUAAGUUUUGUUCAAAUAUUUUAUAUUUUAAAAGUAUUUUUAAUAUUUUACAGAAACUCAAAAGAAAUUUGGGAUCCCACUUUCAUCUUCUCAAGUGUUGUUUGUAAUUUUCACUCUCUUAUUCGUCUUUUAUUUUCUACAUUAUGAUAAAAAUUAUAUAAAAAAUAAGAGCUUCUGUAGUUUAUUCUGUCUUUAGUUUUCCCUUGUCCUCUGUUUGUCACAAUAUUCCUACUUUGAUUUGAUCUUAUUUUAAUUGUAAUUUCCACAAAAAAAAUUUCUUGACUACUUUAUAGACAUUAAUUUCUGAAGAAAAAAGAUAAAGAAAAAAAGGGUACUGUUGGCUUAGCUAUUGAUCUCUCAACUUACAAUAUCCAUAAAAAGACGAUCAGUAAAUUGGGAGAGAAUCAAGCAUGGAUUUUGCUAUUUCAAUUGCAACUUCAAUUGUCGCAAAGAUUGCCGAGUAUACAGUGGCACCAGUCGGUCGACAAUUGGGUUAUCUAUUUUGCUACGCAGGGAAUGUAGAUAACCUCAAAACUCGAAUGCAAGAGCUGAAGAAUGCCAGAGAUAGAUUACAACAUCGUGUUGAGGAAGCCAAAAAUAAUUGUCAAGAAAUUGAAACUGAUGUUCAAAGCUGGCUGAGCAGCGUUGAUCGGAUCUCCGAAGAGGCUCAGACAUUUCUUAACCAUGAAGGCCAUGCAAAGGCUGUGUGCUCUUGUGGAUCCCUCCCGCAUUUGGUGACGCGGCAUCAACUGAGUAGGAAAGCAAAGAAGAUGUCAUUCGAUGUAUGCGCAAUCUUAAAAAAAAGCAGUUUUGAUACGAUUUCUUAUCGUCCUCCGAUGGAAAGCUCCUUUGCAAUAACCAAAGGCUACGAGACUUUUGAUUCGAGGAGGAAAAUUUUGGAGGGCAUAAUGGCAGCUCUGAGAGAUGAUAAUAGGAGCAGGAUAGGCUUGCAUGGCAUGGGUGGAAUUGGCAAAACUAUGCUUGCUAAAGAAAUUGCUAAACGGGUUGAGAAAGCGGAGUUAUUUAGCAAGGUGGUUAUGACGACUAUUUCACAAACACCUAAUAUGAAAGAGAUUCAACAAGAUAUUGCUGAAAAGCUCCAGCUAAGUUUUGGGCAAACACAAAGUAUGGACGUACGAGCUGAUCUACUUCGAACGAGAUUGAAGCGAGAAAACAAGAUUCUAUUAAUUCUCGACGACAUUUGGAAGGAACUCGAUCUAGAAGCUAUCGGAAUCCAUGAUGAGUGCAAGAUGCUACUAACCUCUAGAUAUCGAGAUGUUUUACACAACUUCAUGGGUAUUGCUGAGAGUAAUAUUUUCUUUAUUAACGUUAUAGACUCAAGGGAGGCUAUAAGUUUGUUUAAGAAAAUUAUUGGAGAUAUAGUUGAAACUCUAGAUUUCAAUUCUUUGGCCUAUUUGAUCGUCGGCGAAUGUGCAGGCUUACCAAUUGCCAUUGCAGCAGUGGCACAUGCUUUAAAAGGCAAAGUAUUGUCCACAUGGGAGGAUGCAUUGGAACACCUACGAAGCUCAAACUUUAGAGACAUAGAUGGAGUGGAUAUGAAGGUGUACUCAUGUAUAAGGAUGAGUUAUGAUUUUCUCGGAAGUCACGAGGAGGUGAAAUCAUUGUUAUUGCUUUGUGCUUUACAUAAAGAAGAUCAAGAAAUAGGAGUCGAGGACUUGGUGAGAUAUAGUGUGGGUUGGCGCUUGCUUCAAGGCAUCAACACGAUGAAAAAAGCAAGAAACAGGGUGAAUUCAUUGGUUGAUAAAUUGAAAUCUCACUGUCUCUUGUUGGAUGGUGAAAAUGAAAAUUAUGUGAAGAUGCAUGAUGUUAUUCGUGAUGUUUGCAUAGUUAUAGCAUCAGAAGAUAAGCAUAGGAUGAGUAACAUAAAAAGUGUUGAUGAUUUUGCCAGUCAUGAAGGAUAUAAAGCGGCUAAAGCAAUUUCCUUACUUGACUAUGAUGAUUUUGGUAAGCUUCCUGAAAAAUUGGAAUGUCCAAGGGCAAAAUUACUUCUUCUAUCUAGCUGGUCUCUAAAUUCAAUUCCAGAGAACUUUUUUGAACAAACAAGGGAGCUUGAAGCUUUGGGUAUGGAAGGUGCACGUAUAAAAUCAUUACCGACAUCCUUUCAUUCCCUUCAAAAUCUCCAAACAUUAUGUCUAAGUUAUACCAAUCUACAAGACGUUUCCAUCAUUGGGGACUUGAAGAAUUUAAAAGUUCUUGAUCUAUCCUACUCUUCCAUAAAGAGGUUGCCAAAAGAAAUAGGAGAAUUAUGCCAUUUGCAACUAUUGGAUUUACAAAAUUGUGGAAACUUAGAAGUCAUCGAGCCGAAUGUCAUUUCAAAUUUGAGACAAUUGGAGGAGCUCUAUAUCCCACAAACAUUUCAAGGAUGGGAGACUGAAGAAGGUGGUAUGAAAGAAAGAAGAAAUGCAAGUCUUAUUGAGAUAAAGAAUUUGCAACGGCUAACAGUUUUAUAUUUAAGCGUAGAAAGUGAAAAAGUUUUACCAAAGGGGUUGUUUAGUGAAAAAUUGGAGAGAUACCAAAUAUCUAUUGGAGGAAUCCAUGACUUUGAUUAUUAUGCAAAUGGAUCUUCAAGGUGUUUGCACUUAAAUCUCUGUCAAAUGAAAGAAUUAAAUGCCCUUGGGCUUGUAUGGCUGAAGAAAAUGUCUGAAUAUUUAUCGUUAGAGAGAUUAAUGGAUGUCAACAAUUUUGUUCGUGAUCUCGAUAGAGAGAAUUUUCCUCGAUUGAAGCAUCUUAUGUUUCGUAAUAAUAAUGGACUUCAAUACGUCAUUGAUUCUACAGACCUGAUUCACUCUCAUCACGCCUUUCCAUGUUUGGAGUCGUUAGAUCUUGGAAAUUUAACAAGCUUGGAAAUGAUAUGCCAUGGUAAACUCCCAGUAGGCUCAUUCAAGGAAUUGAGAGAAGUAGAAGUGAGCAAUUGUGAUAGAUUGAAGAAUCUGUUCCCUCUUUCUAUCGUCAAACUACUUCAUCAUGUUACCGUUAGUGAGUGUGAGAUGAUGGAAGAGAUAGUGACCAGUGGGAGAGAAGAUGAUGAAGCUACCGAUAAGAUUGAGUCUUUGCAAUUGCGCUUUUUGAGCCUACAAUCUUUACCAAACUUUGUCCACUUCUAUUGCUCCCAGCUGAAGGAAACUUGUGCGUCUUCAAUGAUAGAUUAUUCCAAGCCUUUAUUCAGUGGAACGGUUUCGCUUCCUGACUUGAAGGAACUGGAGAUUUUAAAAAUGAAUGUAGUAACAUUAUGGCCAGACCAACUUCCAUCAAAUUUUGACCUACAAAACUUAACAAGCUUAACAGUAGAAAGCUGCAACAAAAUAAAAUAUUUGUUCUGUUUCCCUAUGGUUGAAAGGCUUGUAAACCUGAAGAAGCUGAAAGUAGAUGAUUGUUUGGUUGUGGAAGAAAUUCUAAUAAGGAGGAAACUAGGAGAAAAAAGAAUGCUGCAAGAGAAUAUUUUGUUCUCCAAACUAGAAACUCUUAGCCUCUCCUAUCUUCCAGCUUUCAAAACAUUUUGCUCAGAAGAUUCUUGCAUCAAAGAAAUGUCAGUUGAUGACGAUGAAAUGAAGGUCAUAGCAAAACAUCUCUUCAAUGGAAAGAUUGCAUUCCCCAAUGUAACUUCUUACAUCCACAACUUAAAAAAGUUACAUGUUACAGAAUGUAAUAAAUUAAAGUAUCUCUUAUCAUCAGCCAUGGCUCAAUGUCUUGUACAACUUAAGGAAUUAAGAGUAUUUGCAUGUAAGAUGAUUGAAGAGGUAAUAGUUAUUGAGGAAUCAACGGGAAGCAAAGGAAUAGUAUUAGAAAAUAUUUUACUCCCCAAAUUAGAAUCUCUUGUGCUUGAGGAUCUUCCAAAUGUUAUCCAGUUUUGUGAAGGAGAUUGCAUUGAAUGUCCAUCAUUGUUUACACUGCAUAUAUGCAAUUGUCCCAAACUGAAGGUAUUUAUCAGUAAUUCCAUGGCUACAAAGACAUGUACUAUUAAUGACAAAAAGCAUGAAGAAAUGGAGUCGGUGGCGGCUAGACAAAGUCUGUUCAAAGAUAAUAAGGUCAUUUUCCCUAACUUAAAAUUGUUGGAGACUGAUUGGGGUGAAGUAAUAGAGGAGAUAUUUGACAUGAGUCAAUCUUCAAUGAUGUCCAUCUUUGGCAACCUUUCCCAACUUGUCUUGAACUGCUCAUCCCGUGAUAAAUCAAUUGCUCUAUCAAAUUUCAACUUCCUUCAGAAAUAUCAUAAUAUUGAUACACUUUGGUUGAGUGGUUUUUUUGUGGAUGGGCAUCAGCAUCACCAACAACAACAAUCCGGAGAUGGUGAGACUUAUGAACUAGUCAACACAAGUUUAAAGAAACUGGGUAUUCACAAUGAUCAUACGAUGAAUCAUCUGUUUGGAGACCCAGAAUAUGCCCAACCAUCAAAUUCUGUUGUCUUUCAAAACUUAGAAUUUUUGUAUGUUCGGGAAUUUGGCAGAUUACAGAGCUUUGCGCCAUCGUUUAUGUCUUUCCACAAAUUGAAAACUCUUUAUGUAUCAAAAUGUCAUAGGCUGACGUAUCUGUUCGCCUCCUCAACCUCAGGGACUCUGGUACAUCUCAAACAUAUGAGCAUAACUGAUUGCAAACGAAUGAGGGAGAUUAUUAAUAGAGAUUAUUAUAAGGAAGGUCAAAUAGUAGAAAGUGAACACCAUGAGUUUAUUUUCCAGAGAUUGGAGGAAUUAACGCUUUUGGAUUUGCCCAGUCUUGAAAGCUUCUACUCAGGAAAUGAAGUUAUGAGUUUUCCAAAUUUGAAAAAAAUAUCUUUGGAGGGAUGCCCUGAGAUGAGGAGAUUUUCCCAUGGAAAUAUAUGUACCUCCGCACUAUUCGACACAGUCGAAGCUGAAGGUGUAGAAAUUUGGGAGGGAGAUGUUAAUACAACCCUCACAAAAAUUUGGGAGGGAAAUGUUGAUACAACCCUAACAAAAGAUUGGGAAGAUGAUUCCGAUUUUGGAUUAGAUUUACAACAUUUAUUCGCUCAAGAAAUGGAUGAUCAGCAUCGUGAAGAGGAUGCUUAAUCAUUAUCUUUUGUGCCUGUGGAACCUACCAAGAAUAGAGCUUUCUUAGAAGCACAUGAUGGUGCUUAUGGCAGGUCUCACUAAUAUAAUCCUAUGAUUUAUUGCAUGGAAGAUUAUACUAAAAGUGUCCUUUGUUUUAUUCUUAAGAAAAUAGCUUUGGUGGCGAGAAAGAUUCUUGGAAGCUUUGGGGAUGUGUAUUAAGGCGGAAUGGAAUCAAAGGACCGAGAGUUCGAUUUGAGGAUGAAGUUUCUUAAUUAUGGUUUUAUAUGUAUUUUUCGCACUUUACUAUGUAAUCAACUUUAUUUACAAUUAUGUUAUGUUUUUCUUUUAAAACAAUGGGAUCACAUAUCCUACUUUGAGU